UUCCCAUCGGUUUCUCCUGCAAGAGGGUCUGAGAGGUUGCUUUUUGAAGGGACGUCUUCCCGUCUUCUUCUAGUCUGGUUAUUGUUUCGUCCUUCCUCCUGUUGGAUCCCUUUGACCUCUUUGACACUUUUGUACCUGAUCAUCCAUCAGAGAUACCUUUCCUCAUUCUUUUUCUUGUUUCCACGGCUUUCAUUAUCUGUUUACGUAGAGCUUCCUCUGGUGGAAUACUCAGGAAUAGAUCAACGGGCGAAAAUCCGGCACACCAUCCGUCCCCGACGUAACCAUCCCGCCCGUCCGGAGUAGCGACCUCUUGGCGGUCACCCAUUGACUUUUUCGCCUCUUCGACUGCCGGCUUGGCACGGUACCACGAGCAACAACGGUGUUCCAUCUACACACCACACACACACAUACGAGCGCCUACUACAUCGGGAAGGACUGUGUAAACCACCACACUGAGGGAUCACGAAAUAUUAUCCGAAACAUCAACGGCAACCGACAUAUUCCCCAUCAUCAUUGUCGCCAGUUGAUACGCGGGGGAAAAUUAAGCAACGACUACAGAGGAAACGAUAGCAAAACUUGAACGAAGAAACGCCACGCACUGGUCGCCCCGUCGACUCACCUCACCAACCGUGGCGCCUAGACUCAUCCCAAAGAUCAUCGUCACCUUUGACGACGCAACUCAGUUCCCUCGACACACAUCGCACAGAAUGUCAAAGGAGCUCCCCCGCCACGAACGGCGGCCUUCAUCACCGACGGCGUACAGCAGCAGCAGCAGUAGCAGCGCCUCUGGCAACCCUUUUGAGCAGUGCGACAUGAGCUUAAAGAUGCUCCUCGCCUUCGUAUCUACACGAGUCCUGCGCGGCGGCCCGCGGCUCAUCGUCCAGCUUGUUCUUGCUUUUUGCGGUCUGCUUCUUUUGGGCAAGUUCUUCACAUCGCCGACAUCGACAGAUACGAUAUUCGAUUCAGGCUCAAGAUGGAGCUGGUCGCCUUUUGGCAAAAGCGCAGAGGAUGCUGGAUUCGGGUCUGGUGGUGUUAGAGUCGUUGCGUUCGGAUCGCCUGAUAUCGCGACGCCGUCGAGUGGAAAGGGAGCCAAGGGCAAAGGAUGGACUGAGGCCCUUUGCGAAGAGCUCCGAUGCUCCUCUCACCAAUCCUUCACUCCUUUGAUCAGUCUCCCAGCGCAGGCUUUGACGUCUAACCAACACUAUCGCGACACCAUUGAGAAAGUCCAGCGUGAAAUCGAAGAGUACAAGGCGCCGGGCUUUAACUACGACUUCCUCCUCGAUCAGUUCCCCAUCGCCGAUACCGUCGCCGAUCUCACCGCGCAGAUCGACACGUUCCUCGCCCAACCCCAGGCCCGCGAGAACAUCCCGAAAGAGACCAUCUGGGUCUUCUCCUUCGGCACCUGGGAUGUCUGGACACUCGCCUCCCUGCCACGAGAGUUGGGCCAGGGUAUUGUAGACCUUGCUGCCCGCGCCCUCUUCGCACAAGUUGAGCGCGUCUACCAAGCCGCUCUCGACAACGACUCCGUCGCCUUCUCCGACUUUUGGGCCUACCAAAACGCCUCGCUCAUCGACAAGCUGAACAACAUGGAUCGCGAAGGCGGCGACAUUGACGAGCGCGAGAUUGAAAACUUCCGCGUUGUCAUCCCGGAGCUCUUCGACGUCUCCCUCACCCCCGGCUGGCACGCCCAGCGUCCGGCGCCACCGAGCCCUCACACCAAGGCCGAGCAAAUGACCAACGCGGCGCACCUGACCGCGCGAUGGAACUCGGAGAUCAAGGGCCGCAUGGAUGAGUGGAUGCGUACCGCCGACCCUCAGCCCGAGAACCCUGAGGAGGAGAGAGGCAAGUUCGGCUACGUGCCCGCCAGCAAGCGCGCCACAGCCCACUACCGUCGCUCCCGCGCAGAGCAAGGUCUCAAGGCCGCUCCCAAGGGCGAGGCUCUCCGCGUGCCAUUCCCCCGCCGUGUGGCCGCUCAGAUCGAUACGGCCAGCUUCGUCCGCGAGGCGAUUAUCGAGAAGCAGAUGCGCGAGUACGACCUCACAGACAGCACGGGCCGGGGUAACAGGACCGAGGAUGGCGAUAACCUCUUCUUCGCGGAGGCGUGGACGCCGUGUAUCUGGGCAAAGACCUCAGAGACGGCUGAGGCUGCGAGCGGAGGGUACGCUGCGUGCGACAAGCCCGAGGAGUACCUCUUCCACUCGCCCUUCACCCUGAGCGAGCGAGCGAUUGCGCAUACGGCCAAGAUCGUUGCCGGCGAGGCGAGAAGCAGACUUGCUUUCGUUGAUGCGAUUGAUGAGGCCAAGGAGGGAGAGACCGCGACGGCUAGGGUCAAGAGACACGAGCCGAGGAGCGAGUUGGGCCACUUCCAGCGUGUCCUGCGUCCGAACCUCGCGGCGCGCAUCGUUGAAUCUGCGUGCCCGACGUUGGACGUCUGCUGAGUGGGUGUUUUCUUUUGUCACGUCAUGAAACCCCGUCUCAUGAGCCCUAUCCAUAGGAUGAGGUACCCACCAUGAGGUACAGGUGGAUGAUGUUUGUGUAUUUCGCGGCAUUGGCAUUGGCGUUUGGAGGGGAUUGGGUUACAUGGACAACCAAAGCAUCAUCGUGUCAUCGACGGCCCCAGAACAGUUGGGACCAGACGGAGUUUAGGAUUAAAUCAGAUACCGGGGACAUCCCCACAGAGUCAGUCAUAGGCAAUGACAUUUCCAUUGAGUACAUCCCAAGCUCCGAACCACACUGUUGAUGAAUUGUGAUCCGCGCCUUUAGUAAGUCGUCUUCCUCAAAUCAUUUCGUUUUUGAGAUUUCGCGUAGGCCAGACGCCUCUUCAAAGACACCUUGAAUACAAUCUCCUCGAGCCUUCAAGCAGAAGACCAUAGAAAUGAAUCUAGGGAAGCUGACGUACCCUUUACAGAAGACCGGACGUCGAAUGCCCAGUCGUCGGUCCAUGUCGCUUUUGUUAAAUUGAUCGACGUCGACUAUCUCGGUACCUGCCGC